GACUAUUUCAUUCGGUCCUUAAUGGACCGAUUCAGAACAAUUAUUUACAACAUCUUUAUAGAAGAAAGACAAUUUAAUCCAACCAUGCAUUUAAUAAAUAAACUGUAGUAAUUAAAAUGGUAAUUCAAAAUUCGUUGCAGCCAGGCUCAGUUUCCAUCAGAUUCUCGCUGGUCACUGCCACUCUAGUCUUCAUUUUUUUCCUCCUUAUUUCCCCCCAUGCCUGCAAUAAUAAUGACUCUCUUUCUAGCCUCAUUUAUGACCCUUUUCCACUUUCCAUAAUGAAAUCCUUGUGACUAUUGAGGCCUUGUUUCUUCUGCAAAACUCCAAUCUCUAGUUCGUUUUUUUUGUUACCUUCUGUGUGUGUAUGUUCUUAACUUUUUUGUUAUUAUUAUUUCUCUUUUUUUCCUGUGUCUUAACUUGCCAGAGCCCCUAUUUACUGCCCCUUCCACAGUCAUUUCAUGUGGCAUUCACACCUUAACAGACUGAAAUAUAUGAUCUGCCUCCUCUCCUUUGUCACUUACCAUUACAGUUACUCACUCACUUCAUCACUCUCUUAUUUCUUACUUCAACAUCAACUAUGACGAAUACUACUACAACUACUACUAACUAGUACUGUUUAUUUCUUCUUCUGUUGGGGUCAUUAACUUAGUUCAAUUGAGAGAGCAGUGAUGAGCACUCCCACAAGAGGCACUUCUAAUACGCUUCUCUCUCUGCCAUUGCCCUCUCCUACUCCUAAGGCGCCUUCCGGGUACCCAGAUUUGUAUCGAAAGCGCCGCGAAACGGCCAAGAUUCAGAUGCUGGAAAGAGAGAUAAGCUUCCUUGAGGAAGAGUUAAAGUCUUCUGAAGGGCUUCAACCUGCUUCAAGAUGCUGCAAAGAGAUUGCCGAUUUUGUGAUGGCAAACUCAGAUCCUCUGUUACCUACGAGCAAGAAGAACCACCAGUCAUGUAGCUUGUGGAAGUGGUUGUGUGACAUCCCUUGCUUUAACUUGUCUUGGAUCUGCCAUUGGUGCUGUGAUGGGUGCUUUGAACAUCAAAACUUGUCAAGUUGCUGUUCCCACGGCAAACCAUGCAACUGCUGUUCUAGUUGUCUUCCAUCUACCAAUUGCUCUUGCUGCUCUAAUGGAAGAUCACAUUGCUGCAAAGAUAGCUGUGGUUGCAAAAAUUGUUGCACUCUCCCAAGUUGCAAUUUUGGGUGGCCUUUUCCCUCUUGCUGCAUCUGCAAAUGCUCUUGCUCUUGCUCUUGCCCAAAAUGUCCCAAGGUUCGUCCAUGUUGUUGUUGUACAAAUUGCUGUUGGAACCCUUGUUCAUGUUUCUAGUAUAGUGUUACAAAAAAAUUUCGAAAGCUAUUAUUUUCUAUAAAAAUUGUAUUUAUAGUAGCAAUUUCCUAAAAUUGACAAUAUAGAGGCUUAAAAUUAUAGAUGUUCUGCUAAUCUUUCAUCAUGUGGAUACUACUUACUAGAAGCAAAUGCAAUAUUUCCCACUAGCAAUUAUGGGUUACAAAAAUUUUGACCCCUUUCAUUUCUUUGCUGCUCUGAAUUUCCAGACAGUACCAUUACAUGUGAAAUGAAAGACGCAAUAGCGGAAAAAUGCCGUGGAGUCCGGAUCCAUAGUAUGAUUAGCUUAUUCAUUUGUUUUCUUAGUAUGGAAGCUAGUA